GAAUAUGCUUCACAAUGAAGUAUAAUAAAAUAUCUGCCUCGCCUCGUCCUAUGUAGUAAAAGAAGUUGAAGUUAGAUUUACUCUUCAAAAUUCUAAUUUCAAAAAAGAGGACGAUCCCUUUCUCGUGAACAUAACCUGAUUUCCAAUUGAAAACAACAUUUUACUUCAAUUUAUGUGCUAGAUUUGUGUAAGAGACAAAAUAAAAAAAAAAAUGCAAAUAUAUAAAAUAUGAUAUUGUGUGCAUGGGUGGCAUGCAGGCUCUCCUUCAUCUCAAAUCCAAUAAUCCUUUGUAAAACCAACACGUGAAUCUCACGUGCCCACGACCAUUGGAGGUUUACAAGUCUUAAUCGUACGUCAAUUUCAAAAUCCUUCUUUUGAUGUUGUCUUAACCUUAAAACAACAGCCUCUCCAUCUCCAAAUAUCCUCUUCUUAAUUCUCCAUUACACUUUUCUUCGGAUCUUUUGAAGUAUAAGCAAAGAAAUCUAAACCAAACCCAUCAUCAAAUAUUCACUUCUCAUCCUUCCAAAACCUCCAUAACCAAUCCUCUCUUCUUCUCCGCCAUGGAAACCCCAUCUCUUUCUCCUAAACCUGCCCAAGAUUUCAGGUCCUCUGUUGACACUUCUCGCCCUUUUCGUUCUGUCAAAGAAGCCGUAGCCAUCUUCGGCGACCGGAUUCUCGCCGGAGAAAUAUACUCUCCAAAGCCUUACUACACUCCUCGACCUAGUAGUUAUGAUCAUUCAUGGAUGUUCUCAUCUCCAAGCUCUAUAAACCCUAGUAAAGAAGAUGAUGACCUUGGAGAUAACAAUAAUAAUAAUAAUGAGUUCUUGGAUACUCUAAAGAAACUUCAGGCUGAGCUUGAACAAACGAAGACAGAGCUGAAGUUGCUGAAGGAGAGAGAGUCGGAGACUGAAAUUGCAGUGGCUUCUUUGAAUGCUGAGCUUCACAAGAACAUGGCUAAGUUGGCUGCUGCAGAGGCGGUGGAGGCGAAAAAGGCGGCGUCAGAAGCAAGAAGGGUGAGUUUUGAAAGGGAAAAGAUAGGAGAAGUUAUCAGAGAGGAAAAAAAGAAGAGAGAGUUGAUAAUGAGAAUGGAGAAUUCGCCAACUCUGGCUAAUAUUCUGAGUAUUAAUGAAGAGAAAGAAUACUAUGGAGGAAAAAAAGAGAGGAAGAAGAAGAUGACGAAGAAGAAGCCAAUAAUACCUCUAGUGGGAAAUUGGUUCUUCAGAAAAAAAGGAUCAUCUGAUAAAACUCUGAAUGAUAAUCCUCUCUUUGCUUCUGCUCAUGGUGUAUUUUGAUUAAUUAGGGAAAAUUAGUUUGUUGUAUAAGCAAAUUAAUUCAUUAUGAAUAUUGUCUCAGGUUGAGUUUAAUCAAUUUUAAACCUAUUUUUUUUUUUUGUAAUGCAUGGAUGUAUGUGGCUUCUAUUAUCAGUGUAUAAAAUUUCUCUGUUUUA